AUGGUAUUAGACGAGCACUACGAGAUGUGCCUGCCUAUCCUGCAGGACCCAAGACUCGAGGAUGAGGACAAGACGGAUAGAAUAGAGGAGCUGUUCAAAAAAGAAACCAACCUGAUUGGCAUGUCUCUGGAUAACGCCAUCCUCGAUGUCAUGUGGCGAUGGCGUGAAUGCGGAGGGACCUCAACGUCACCGCCUCCCAUCCGUCAGACCAUCCUGCGACGACCAUCUCCGGCUUCGUGGAGGGGCGGAACUCCAUUAUCAGGCUCGCCCCGGCUGGCCGUCAGUCCCCUUGCGCCGCCUGGAUACAUUCCCGCUACCUUUGGCAGGACCAAAUCGGUCACAGCCUCUCCCUUUGGGUCGCCGCGGGCCUCUCCUCGCCUGGCCCUUGCGACCCCUGUGAUCCCCCAUAGCCCAAAUCUCAAUGCGUACGAGUUUGCCAGCGACCCCACCCCCGCCCCCGAGAUUCUCGGCGAAUAUCAGAUCGAGAACGUCGACUGGCUGGUCAACGAUGACACAAUUAGCCUCUCCUCGUCUGUGGGCAGCACCACCACCAAGAGCCUCAAUGCCGCUGCCCCUGAGUUUUCGUCCAUGUCCUCGCAGCAGAUCGACAUGUCGCCUUACGACAUGCUCAGGUCGAUCCUGGGGUAUACGAGGACUGAUGAGGAAAUUGAAUCAGCCCUUGCGGCACACAACUACGACCUGAGCGCAACCAUCACAUCCAUGAUGGAGGUUCCGCAAGACGGCGGUGUACGGCUUGAUGAGCCCAAGAACGUCCUCAUUGGCAAGUCGAUAUCUGCAGAGGGCCGCCCGUCCACCCCAGUCAACCAAAAGGCUGGCGUCAUCUGUAAAUUUUACAUGUCGACUGGCCAGUGUCUACGCGCAGACUGCCGCUUCAGCCACGACCUUAGCAACCACCUGUGCAAAUACUGGGUCAUGGGCAAUUGCCUCGCCGGUGAAACGUGCAUCUUCUCGCAUGAUCCAUCUAAGCUCGUGAGCAAGAUGUCUCUGGAGAGCGGCACAAAUACUCCUACCAGAAGCCAUAGCAGCUUGAUGCUUCAGGAUAUGAAUUCAUUCCCCUCCCUGCAGUCAGGUGAUUCCGAUCAGCAUGGCGCCUUUGUUGGCAGUCCCAACUUUGCCUAUGGAAUCGGUUCAUCGCCGGGAUUGCGGUCCUUACGGGCGGAGAGCCCACGGCCGAGGUCGCGGCCUGGAAGCCGGCAUCAGCUCAAGGAAAACCAUGCCGUUGCCCCAGCCCUUGACGACAAUGAGGCCUUCCCGUCUCUUGGCUCGGCCAUUGCAAAGCAAGGAAAGAAGCAUCACGGCAAGCGAGGCGGCCAUGGCCACAAGGAAAACGGUACUCCCAGCUCUUUGGCGGACAUUGUCAAGAUGAAUCCUCCUGCGUCUCCGAGGCUGGAAGUGCGCAAGCCCGUUAGCAACGGCAACGGCACCAUCGGCAAAGAUGGCGAAAACAGCGCUGCAGCGCUUGCGAUUCCUAGCCCCAGGCACAUUCCUUGGCUGGAAACCGGGGAGCACGCCAACAAAGCAUAUCUCAAGGCCCGCCAAGAUGCUAUCAAACAUGGCGGCCUCAGGAAUAAGUUUUUGCAAAGCGCUGCUCAAGCAUGGAACCGCAACGAUGCCAGGGCCGCCAAGGCUCUCAGUCUCCGUGGCCAGAGUGAGAACGACUUGAUGAGAAAGGCUCACAGGGAGGCAGCCCGCGAACUCUACGAGGAGCGAAACAAGAGUUUGGACGGCAUGUCAGAAGUGUACGUCGACCUCCACGGUCUUCAUCCAGAGGAGGCCGUUGAGUACCUCGAAAAGGUCCUCCUAGAGAACGAAAAGGGAGGCAGGCCUAUUUACGCCAUCACCGGAACUGGCCACCACAGCAAGAACGGUAAGGACAAGGUGGGAAAAGCGAUCCGCGCAUUCUUGAACGAGUGGAGAUACGCGUACCGCGAGUUUUCCGUGCCGGGAGACCGCAACAGCAUGGGCGGCAUCCUGGGAGUGGACGCCGGCAGCUGGGACAAGUCGCUGGCAAGAGAUGGAGCUGACGAAGACAAGGUCACCGUCGACAUUCUCAGCCAAGGCGUCGAGAUUGGUGAUGGCAAAGUCCGGCUGCUGGUC